GUAACCAAGCAGAAAUGCCUUCAGUCGAGGGUUUGAGAGAGUUCGUCAACGAGCGACUUUCUGCUGCUGCUGAAGAAAUAUUCGGAGUUUUUAAAAGAACCAUCGUCGAGUAUCAGGAAGAGAUCGACCGGCAGCGCGGACUGUUGGAGGUUUUUUGGAAACCCGAAGUGAGGUUACACAGGAUAAAGAUCCCACAGUCACGUGUGUGUAAGGAGGAAGAGGUUCUCUCUGACCAGCAGCUCUGUCUCCAGGAGAGGAUCCCCAGUCUGGACCAAGAGGACCCAGAUCCUCCACAGAUUAAAGAGGAACCGGAGGAGCUCUGCAGCAGUCAGGAUGGAGAGCAGCUUGAACCAAAGCAGGAGACCUUUAUCUUGACUCCUACUUGUGAGGAAAGAGACCACGGUGAAGAUCAACUUCUGGAUUUGUGUACUGAUGAAACCCAGAUUGUGCUACAGGAAACCUCUCUAGGCUGCAUCUCCGUUAAAAGCACCACUGUAGAUGAACCAAGCAAUGACCACCAGCUUCUCUCUCACAACUCUCAUCAAUCUGAUAGCAUAGAUCAGAAAGGAGUAAAACGUAGUUUAACAUCAAGCAAGGAGCCAACUCCUCCAGGUGAGAAGCCAUGUUUGUGCACAAAAUGUGGGAAAUACUUUAAAACUAAAAAUAGCUUGUUGGCCCAUGUGAGAAGAGCUCACAGUGUUGAUCAACCAUAUGUAUGCGACACCUGUGGGAGAAGAUUCAUUUAUGAAUCAGAAUUUAAGAAGCAUAAAAGAGUCCAUAGUGAUGAGAAGCCAUUUUCUUGUGAAACAUGUGGAAAGAAAUUUAAAUUUAGUAGUGGCCUAAAAAUCCACAUGCACAUUCACACUGGGGAAAGGGCAUAUUAUUGUGAGAAAACAUUCACUGAGAACUCAGGAUUGAAGUUUCAUACAAGAAUUCACACUGGAGAAAGGCCAUAUUCCUGCAUCACCUGUGGGAAAACAUUCAAACGGACUGAAUCAUUGAAGCUUCAUACAAGAAUCCACACUGGGGAAAGGCCAUAUUCCUGCAUCACAUGUGGGAAAACAUUCAUUCGGACAUCAAGUUUGAAAUCUCAUAUAAAAGUUCACACCAGGGAGAAACUGUACAAUAUGUAAAAGAGAUUUCAGUGAAUCUAGUAACUUGAUCGCCCACAUGAGAAGAAUCCACAAGGGUGAAACGUCUUAGAUGCAACUCCUGUGAAGAAAUAUUUUUUAAGACUAGCGCCGAAAACAAAAAGUGGCAGAAGGCAGGUUUCCAGAAUGGAACAAAUCUUUCUCACUUGGGUAUGUAGCGGCAUGGACCCUCCUCCUCCUCAUGCAAAUCCUAUGUAAACUAUUAUCUUCUCGACCAUGGGUUUGCUGUAAAGGUUUUUUUUUUUCUAACUUUAUUGAGAUUCUAAUGUGUGGGAGACACACAUUCAAGACGGCGGAAUAGAGCUCUGGUUGCUCGCAGCUUUCCCUGCUCAUAUCUCCAAAAAUAGCAAAUCAACGAGAUCGCUUUGAACGUUUGGAAAAUCAGUUGGAUUCCAUUAAAUUGACACUUGAUCAACAUUCCAAAGACUUGGUCUCCCAGCGUAAGAUUACAACUUCUCUACAAUAACGAAUGAAGCGAGCUGAAGAAACUACCACUCAAAAUAAAGACACCAUGGUGAAACUUCAACAGAAACUUACAUCAACGGAAGAUCGGAGUAGGAGGAAUAAUCUCCGAAUUCUAAACUUGAAAGAAGGAGCGGAAGAAGAUCGGGCCUUGGCUUACCUGGUGCGUAGCCUUCUGAAAUGGUUCCCUGAACUGAACAGCAGCCUUCCGGUAAUAUGAUAAUAUCAUAUUAUAAUUAAUUAUAUUAUUAGCAAUUAUCUUGGGAGGUCAGACCUGAGAGAGUGUUCAUCUGUUCAGAUUCUAAACAGCCUGAUGUCAAAGAGGAAUUUGUGAUGGAAAUAUUCCUAAUUAUGUUUUGACUUCAAAGACUGAAUAAAUGUUCAAUUGUACUGGGUCUCUGCUCAUGUAGGUGUAGAAGGAAACUAGAAAUCAGAUAUGAUUCCAAAGACAGUACUAAAAGAAAAGAUGUUGAAUAUUCCUUUUGGAAAGAGGGAAGAUAAAUCAUUAAUAAGAGGUGUCACGGGACGUCCGGUAGAAGAAGUGGGGGAAAAGACAACAAAGGAAGACGUAACAUUCAGAAACACAUAAAUGUGAAGACAUACAAAGGGAAGUAACAAAGAGAGGAGGUCAUAACGUCAAGUUUGAGAUUCUGACGUACAGGACUCAACUCAACGCUGUAUUUAAUGGCAAAAAUAAGUCAU